AUGUCAAAUCAGGAGGUAAGCAUUUCGGACAUCGGUCUGAAGGCUUUAGCGCUAAUCAAAGCCGGCUCGGCUGUGCAGGUUGAGCAGAAAGCUGAAGACAACACUCUGCAUAAUGACCAGCCCGUGAAGAGCCAUUACAAACCUAGCGACAUGGCUGCGCUUAAACCAGACUUUCAAGAAGACGCCAAAGUGGCCUUGAAAGUCCUGGUGAACGGCAGGAUGGCCACGAAGAAGAAUCUGUUCGUUUACAAAGCGACCUUCAAGAGUAACAAAUGGAUGUACCAGCUGGCAGAAAAGCAGGAUGGUUCUUACGUGUUGUAUGACAAUGGCCGGGAGUUUGAGAAGACCCGGCUGAUACAUGGGUGA